AUGAGCCAAGAAUUACCGCUUACCUUUUCGUACGGUCUCAUAGGCAUUUCCUUCAAGACGCAGGCACUUUAUGUCGCGGUCUUUGUCUCUCGCUAUCUUGACUUGUUCUACGAAUGGGUUUCGCUGUACAACUUCGUGAUGAAAAUAUUCUUCAUCUCAAGUAGUUGUUAUAUCCUCUACUUAAUGAAGAUCAAGUACCGACCAACUAAUGACCCAUCAAUCGAUACCUUCCGUGUGGAGUAUCUCGUUGGACCCUGCGCCAUUCUUGCCCUCAUCUUCCACUACAAAUUUACCAUCUCGGAGUUACUUUGGUCGUACUCCAUAUUCCUUGAGGCCGUAGCUAUAUUACCGCAACUUUUCAUGCUUCAGCGCACGGGAGAGGCAGAGACAAUCACCACUCAUUACCUUGCGGCGCUUGGCGCGUAUCGGGCCUUCUACAUUCCUAACUGGAUAUACAGGUACUGGUCGGAGGAUCUGGUUGACCCUAUCGCCGUCAUAGCAGGUAUCGUUCAAACUGCUUUGUAUCUGGAUUUCUUCUACGUCUACUUUACGAAAUCUCUGGCGAAUCUAGUCACUUGUAUGGCGACGGACUUGCCCUUUGGCUUACUACGACUCGAGCUCAGCCUGGACCUGUCUUCGGCAGUAUUGGCAGAUCGAUUUGAAGGGCUUGGUGUAUUCCUAGACACGUACGCUAACACACGUCACUCAUAUUCCUUCCCGCGUGUAGUCGGUAUGCUCGGUGAUGGUAGAACGGCGUAUGACCAAGAGGGUGAUGGGCAGAAAGAUAGCAUCGGUGGUUGCUCCGCCAAUUAUCGCCGUACGAAUGUAGCCACAAAGCUUCGAGUAACUUACGUUAAGGACUCAUAUCUGAACGUCAAAGUCCAGUACAGAGCGUGGGAUGACUGGGUGGAAUGUUUUACCAUUGAGGGCAUCAGUCUUCCGUCUGCGCCAUACCUUGGCUUCUCCUCUAUGACUGGCGAUGUAUCAGACAAUCAUGACAUCAUCAGUGUCGCAACUUAUUCUACUGUUCUGUCCAGCCCCGAUAGGCAACGCGACCAGCUCAAGGGUAGCCCUAUACCUGCCGCGCCGGCAUGGAUCUGGACCGCACUCAAAUGGGCGGGCGUUCUGGCUGUACUAGCUGGAUUGCUAUACACAUACAAAACGUACGUCCUCUCGCGAGCCUCUGGACGAGGCUUUGGGACCACUUUUAUGGGUAAGGCCGGUGGGCCUGGGUUUGGAGCGGGGAUCUACGGGGACGCGAAGAGGUUUUAA